UGCGUGCCUCGGUUAUUUUCUACCGUUUUUAUCACAGCAAAACAAGUGCUAAUCAUGGGAAAACUGCAACUGGCGGAUGUUGAGAACGAGUACAAAAAAUUCCCGGAACUCAAACGGGAGGACGUGCAAAAGAUUCGCGAAUGGAUGGAAAAGCAGCCGCAUCUUCCUAAAAUUACUGAUUUGGAGAUAAUACUUUUUCUGCAUUCAAAUUAUCACCGGAUUGAGUCCACGAAAACAACGAUCGAUGCUUUCUAUACGUGUCACACUCAUGUGCCAGAAUUUUUUGCUGAACGCGACAUUACUUCGCAUGAACUAAAAACAGUCAUGGAUUUGGUAGCUAUUGUUCCGUUAUCUAUCCCAACUAAAGAUAAGUAUACGGUAAUAUAUGGAAAAUUGCUUAGUAGCGAUGCAACAAUGUUUUCGUUCGAAUCGACGCUGAAAUUCCUCACGAUGAUCGCCGAAGUGGUUCAACGGGAAAAUGGCGCGGUACAUGGAUACACGUUCGUGUUAGAUAUGGAAGGUGUCACGAUGGGCCACGUCACGAAACUUUCGAUCGGAACGGUUAAAAAAUUUUUGCACUUUUUACAAGAAGCGAUGCCAGUACGAUUGAAGGGCAUUCAUCUGGCAAACGUUGUACCAUUUAUCGAUAAAAUAUUAAUGCUGGUCAAACCUUUUAUGAAAAAAGAAUUACUGGCUAUACUAUAUCUUCAUAGUACCAAUGAGAGUUUGUAUAAAUUCGUGCAAAAAGAUUGUCUUAUUACGGAAUUGGGAGGAAAUGCUGGAUCACUUAUGACACUUAGAGAGAACUUCAACAAGCAUAUGUUGGAUGCUCGUGAUUAUUUGUUGGAAGAGGAAAAGAAGAAGGCCAUAGAAGAAAAAAGACCAGGCAAACCUAAAGAUUCCGGUUCCAUCUUCGGCAUGGAAGUUACGAGCUAUGCUGCGCACCAUUCGGAUCAGGAGGGACACCAUGAAUCCGGAACCGGUUUCCAAAGAGGGGCUUUUCAGCUAAUUGCGGAGGUGAUAUAUGUUAUGUCGCUAACCAAAAAGACCAGCAGUAGACAAAAUAGCGAUUGGCGAUCGUCUUAUGCCUCUCAGAGGCCAUAUGGUCGCUUUUGGGCCCCGAGGAGAUUUUUGAAACACGGAUUGGCUUUUCCUCAGCGAACCAAAGAAGGAUGUGUAGUAUUCUACGGUGCUUUAAGGGAUUUCGAUCCUUCAAAUUUCGAUAUGGCAGAAAUUUUUAAACUGAUAAUUUAUGUGAUCGAUCUUCACUUUUUGGAGCAAGGUCCUGCUACGGGAUACAGAAUAGUUAUAGACAUGAAAGGUGUAUUGUUUGGUCAUGUCGCACGGUUGGGAGUUUUACCAAUCAAACAUUUUCUGUACUAUCUACAAGAUGCCAUGCCAAUUCGAUUGAAAGGACUUCAUUUUACUAACAUAGUUCCUUUCAUGGAUACCAUAUUGGCGCUAAUUAAACCGUUUAUGAAAAAGGAAUUGCUUGACAUUCUGUUUCUGCACACUUCGAAUGAACAAAUGCAUCCGUAUGUUAAUAAAGAAUGCUUGCCAAGUGAUUGCGGAGGUGAUGGAGAGAGUCGCGAUGUAUUGAUCGAUAAAUAUUAUCGCAGGUUAAUUGAGGUUAAGGACUAUUUUCUGGAGGAACAAGUGACGCGGCGCGUAGAUGAAGGAAAAAGACCUGGCAAACCGAAAACAGCCAUGGAAAUAUUUGGAGUUGAUGGAAAUUUCCGAAAACUGGAUAUUGAUUAA